GCUAAAGUAUUGUAUGUGCUGGAGAACUGUUUAUUUGUGACCAUGUCACAAGGAAUGAGAUAUCUGAAAGAACCAAGUAUAGUACCAAGAGAUAAACAGCUGUUAAAGAGAGAGCUUGGAACUGAACUUAGUACGUUUCUGAUCAGUCUUCAGCGUUAUUUCCGUCGAGGUGGUCCAGGAUCACCAAGUGCCAGUCCAUCAGGGACUAUGUCAUCACUGUCAUCAUCUGCCAGUAAAACAUCACUCCAUGGAGCAUUCAUUGAUGCACAGGAACAAGCAUUCUUUAGAGUUGUAAACCUGUAUGUACAACAAGUACUUCGCUGAUAUUCUCCCGGGUCUUGUGACUUCUCAUUAACAGAUUGUUGAACAAAUGUCGUAGUUGGUAUACAAAAAAAAGUAUACAAAAGCAAUGUUGGUUAGUGUCAGUGUGUCCUCUAAGCUGAUAGCACAGAUUUAUUGUGAUCAACUAUCUUGGCAUGUCACUGACACUACAGAAAAGCAUACAUUGAUAUAGCAACAUUUUACUAUAGUUUAAUAAAACGUGUGUCAAAACAAA